GGACUAUGGCAGCAGCCACUCCCUCCCAAGGAAGAAACAGUCACCAGCACACGUCACACACACGUUACUAGAACCACAAUCAACUUGGCCAGUACUGUUUAUGAUGUUCGUAUGGGCACAUCCACAGUAUACAUGGAAUACCUUCCCGCCACACUGAAAAUCAAAUCUGUUCCUUGGCAAGCACUACCGACGACGCAUCUAGAACUGCGUUCUGAAGGAGAAGCGACCAGUACGAUGCAUAUCAAAGUCACACAGACAAUAGCCCAAGUCCAAUCCACAGUAUUCGCGAGCAAGGUUGGAACAUCGGUGUCAACCAUCACGAAUGUCCCCCAAUCUCUGGUUCAGGCGGCUGCAGAGGAUGCAGCAGAACUGUCGUCUUCUCAGCUGGCGGCAGCAAUCUCAUCCGCCAAGUCUGAUGCACUGGCGCACUCCACUGUGGCAGUGCUGGCGACCACUACUGCUUUGCCAUCACCUACUCAACCUUUGACCGUGCAGCUCACCAACUCGAGCUCUGCUUCGACUACCAUUCAAGCUGUCGUUACCAACCCUAGCAGCAGCAGCGACUCGAUGCUUUCAAUAGGUCUCGAACUUCGAUCCAACGCAGGAACGACAACAAAUGGCCAAAAACAGCCAACGACUGCAGAAGCUCCAGCUACAGUGGUUGCCGUGAUCUUUGGCUCUUCAACGUCAAUCAUGACAUCUGUACCGCCGACUUUGCUAGCAGCUAUCGCUUCUUCACAAGUCUCGACUUCAUCGUCUGCAACAGCUCUUCGACAGACUACAAGCUCAGAAGCUCCUGCACAGACCACACAGACUAGCGGCUCAUCCGUGGCGGUCGACACAAAUGCUGCUCAGAUCAAAAGUACACAGACAGCUUUGGUUGAAGCUUUGCCUUCCAGUGAUAGAGUAGCCGCUACAAGCUCGGCUGUCUCCUCAUCUUCAUUGACAGAAUCUGCCGGAACAUCGCGCUCAGGAGGGGUGUCCUUGUCGAGCUCUGCAUCUUCUACCAGUAACAAAGUGUACACUCUCCCGGUCUCCAUCACCAGUGCCACUUCUACCUCUUCUGUCAAGAGCUCCGGGAUCCCAUCAGCUGCACAGACCUCUGAUUCCUCGCCAUUCAUCACANUAAUAUUCCUCGUCCUCUUCGUCGUCGCCAAACGCCGUCAAUGGAAAGUACGCCAAUCUAUCGUUCGCGCUUCCCGUCGCAUCACUGGCCGCUUCUACUCUCAUCCCAAUAGAACAGCGUUACGCUCGGAGAAGAAACCCACUCUACCGAUUAUCGAGCCAAGGCAACCAUUGGGUCCUCGUCCUGCACCUUCUAGUAGACGUCAACAAGGAUUUGCUAAUAUCGACGCUACACUACACACCAAUUAUAGAGGUGUGGAGAGCGUGAGUAGAACUGCAUCUAAAGGGCCAGAAGCGUGGAGAAAAGCAAUGGCCAAGGAGAGGUUGCAGCAGAGUCAAAGCCAAAGGAAGAAGCCUGAGUUGAGGGUUGAUACUGGCGUGGCGUCUAGAAUGGAAGAAGGAAGAGGUGUGCAAGGACAACAGAAGAAAAGGAGAGGUGAUUGGAAGGAUUUGUUUAGAGCUCUG